AUGCCCAUAGGGCAGCUCACAGGCACCUCUGCCAGGCCUGGAGGUUUCAGGGCUGUCAGGCAAACUCAGCCCUCUGGUUGCUUCCUUGGUCUCUGGCAGACGAGCCCGUGUGGCUUUGCCGCAGGAACCAUCCUGCACAGCUUGCCAGCAUAUGCCAGAGGCAACGCCAAAUAUGAGAAGAUCCUCCAAAAGGCCCAAGAAAAGCUGGACAAAGGCAGCCAGAGAGACGAGGCCAUUGCUCUGGGGGAGGCUGUGGCAGCCGAGCCCCGCAUGGACGACUCGGGCACCAUGAUCAGCUUUGAUAACUGGGCAGGGAGAGACACUGGAGUUCAUUUCUUUGGAGCUCUGAUCCUGCCUGAGAGAGCAGGAAGUGUCCCAGACACUGAGCAAGCUGAGCUGCCCGAAUACAUCCUGGACCUUGGCUAUGUUGUUCCCGGUGACAUCCACACACACAUGGUGAAGAUCACCAACACCGGGCACUUCCCCGCAUCUUUCCGUGUCGAUGGAUAUGUCCUGUAUAACACAGGCUUCAGCGUGUGCCUGGAGCGUGUGAAGCGCCUGCCCUCCUGUGAGAGCAAGACAUUUGAAGUGUGCUUCGACCCACAAAGUGCCAACGUGCCCCUGGGAAAAGUGGAUGUGCUCCUGCCCAUCAAGAAGUGCUACCGGGGCGAGCUGCAGAUCCAGAUUUGCCAGAGCAGCCAACGCCUGCAGCCCCUACAGACACCGAAAAAUGACAACAGCCCCAACAGCUUGUUGCUGCCUCCGUGUGCCCCGGGAGAGAAGCUGACUGAUGAGGCCCAAGGAAGGGGCAUAAAAAUGAAGGUUGACGUUGUGGAUCCACCAGGAAAGGUGGUGAAGCUGGGAAACGUCUGCAUUGGACAGACGGUGAAGAAGAUGGUCACCGUAGCCAACAAGAGUGCAGCCCCUCUCACCUUUAAGCUGAGGGUCACGUCCACUGUGCCAGAGUUGCAGGAAGCUGGGGUUCUGUGCUUGAAGCCCAGCAAGGAUCUAAAGCUGAAGGGCAGAGGAGACACCUGCAAAGUGGAGGUGACCUUCUCCCCGAAGCGCCGCAUGCAGCCGUUCAGCGGGGAAGUGCUGCUGGAGUGCCGCGGGCUGGUGCGCUCCCUCUGUGUGGUGCGGGGCUCCUGCCAGGGCAGCCUCGUGAGCCUGGACCAGGACCAGCUCAGCUUUGGAGCCGUGGUGCAGCAGAGCUACACGUGCCGGCGCGUCGUCAUGCGGAACGCGGGCGACACGAGAGUCAGGUUUAUGUGGGAUGUGGAGAGCUUCAAGCCAGACUUUUCCAUCAGCCCCACAAAGGGUUACAUCAGCCCAGGGAUGGAUGUGCCCUUGGUUGUGACCUUCCGCCCCUCAAAGCUGAGUCAGGCUGUCCAGUACGAGGGGCUGCGGUGCUUCAUCCAGGGCAGUGAGGCGCUGCAGCUUACACUGGCAGGAUCCUGCGUGGAGGCCCCUGGCCCCAAAGAGCUGAAAGCCACCUGGAGCAGGCCAGAGAAGCCCGUGUAUUUCCGCACCAGGCUGGGCUCCCGUCAGACCAUCACCACCAAAAUACGGCAUUUUGCCCAGCAGAAGACCGAGUACCUCGUACAGACCGACUGUGCCGACUUCCAGACGGCAAAAUCCAUCAGUGCGGCACCCGCCAGUGCUGGGGGCUCGGACCUGAGCGUGGAAGUGACCUUUGAGCCCUGCCACCUGGGCGAAGCCAAGGCCACGCUGCAGCUCAGCUCUGCAUUGGGCGGGCAGUACUGCAUCCCACUCAUCGGCCUUGCGCUGCCCCCUGAAGCCCAGGGCCCCUUCCUCAUCCCAGCCGGCGGCACCACCUCCAUCUCCUUCAGGAACGUCUUCCGGAAGGCCACGGCGUUCCAAUACGCAGUGAAGCACCCGGGCUUCACCGUCAGGGCCCCCGAGGUGCUGCGCGCCAAGAGCAGCACCACCAUCACCGUCUCCUUCGCGGGCGGCCCGGCUCCUGUCACCAGCAGGCUGGUGGUCUCCUGCCCUGGGGGCUCCUGGAUCUACCACCUCCGGGGCCUGCCCUCCCCCCGCAAGUGA